AAAUGUUUUCCAAAACAUAAGCCAACCAAACAUGGGAAAAUUGAAAAACAUUUUCUUCGUACCAAACACACCAUUGGUUUACAAAUAAGAGAAGCCCAAGGUAAAGGUUUUAAGGUUAGAAGUUAGAACCAGGAAUUCAAAAUCUUUUACAAUAGACCCUUGUGGUCUGGCCCUUCCCGGACCCCGCGCAUAGCGGGAGCUUAGUGUACCGGGCUACCUUUUUUUACAUGGAAAUAAAUUUGGAUUAUCCAAGUUCCAGAACCUUCUAUUAGUUAACUGGUGAAAACGAAAUCGGAAAGAACAUCAAGCAAAUUGAGCAACUAUCUAGUCACUCUUACAUUUGCACUAGUAGAAAUGCCUGUCACUAGUAGAAAUGCCUGAAAAUUACAUUUGCACUAGUAGAGAUGCAUGUAUCACCAUCAAUAGCUUCCUUAACAGUUUGAAGGUUCCAUGUUCUAUCUCGUAAGAGUAACUUUCUCCUGCCUCCUUUUACUGUCUGUUUCUUUCUUUUUUCUGCCUCGGUUGUGAAAUCCCUUUGAGUGAUUGGUUCCUAUGUUGCUUGGACUUUCCAAAAUGCUGCCGCACCCGUGUCGGAUCCUCCAAAAAUACACUAGCUCUUACACCUGGUGAAAUUUUCGAAGAGUCCGAGCAACAUAGCUUGGUUCUCCUUCUGAGUCUAAUUCUGUGAUCUUCUGACACUAUCUUCACCUUCCCUUUAUGAUCCACAUGCAUCCCAUUUUCUAAGGCUGUAUAUGUACAGAUUGGUCCUUAUUUUGAAGGAACAAAAGAUAGAAUUAAUUGGGGAAUUCCAUCAUUUUCCGUCAUAUAUUUUCCUGCCAAGUUUUGGUGCAAACAGGGAAAAGAUGACCAAAUAUUGAUACAUGCAUGUAAACAAUUCACAAUGUGGAAAUGCUGCACACAAGGGCACGAAUAGAAGGUUUAUCUGAUAGGACAAAAUUCAUUCUUCUUGGGAUGAACAUCCGCCUUUCAUCUUUUUCCUUCUCUCAGUUACUCAUCAUGCUAUCACCUAGAUCCUAAGAAGUUGAAAACAGCAACGGCCUAAAAUGCAUGGCAUAACUCUUUGUUAGUUUCUUGGAAGUACUAUUCUUAAUAUCACCGAUUUAUGUACUCAUUUUGAUGAAGAGCUUGAGAUGGACUCCCCAAAGAGCAGUGAGGCUGGAAUUAAUGGAAGGAUGAUGCCACCACAGGAGGCAUGCAGUCGAAUUGCUGAAGUGGUACAAGAAGCAGUGCAGAAAAUGGAAAUAGUAGCCGACGAAAAAAUGAGGAUGCUAAAGAGAGCUCGCCAAGCUCUCGAGACAUGUGAUCAUGAACUGGAGGAAAAAGCUAAGGAAGUUGCAGAACUGAAGCUGGAGAGGCAGCGAAAAAGGCAACAGAUAGACGAAUUAGAGAGCGUUGUUAGGCUUAAAGAAGCAGAAGCAGAUAUGUUCCAGCUUAAGGCCGAUGAAGCAAGACGAGAAGCUGACAGAUUACAGAGGAUUGCUCUUGCAAAAUCAGCGAAAUCAGAAGAAGACUAUGCUAGCAGUUACCUUAAACAACGUCUUAGUGAGGCUGAAGCUGAGAGGCAAUUCCUUUUCGAGAAGAUUAAACUUCAAGAUCAAGGUUCUCGUUCAUCACAAAGCAAUGACAUGGGCGAUCCUCCGCAAGCACUUUACACUAAAAUACAUGAGAUCCUAAAGAGCGUGUAGCUCCGCCUCCCAGUAAAUCCAGACGACCAGCCUAAUGAACAUCUUUGUAAGUGACCUGAUCAUUAUUCAUGUUUUGUGUGCUUUUCUUGCAGUAACUUAAUAUAGUGUUGCAGAGCAAACUGUAAAUUAAAUUCCUGUGUCAUUUUAACUUAAACUCUUUAAAUAAGACGUUGGCAGGACGAAUGCCCUAGCUAAAACCUUGUAUAAUUGAUUGGUUUGCUUUUAUUGAUGGAGUUAAUUUGUGAAAUCG